UAAACUUAUCAGAACGUUUUCGAUUCCAGAACGCGCAACAAGUCGUGUCGCCUAUCCUUUGAUAUAGAAAAACUGAAUUUCUAAAAUCUGCAACAACAAUGUCCUCUCCCGUUGGCCCAACUCCGGCAAAUGUUGUCUGCCCCAAUUGCCGGCAACAGGUGACAACUCGCACUGAGCCAAAGGCCACGAACAAAACGCAUUUGAUUGCGCUUCUCAUGUGCUGCUGCUUCUGCUGGAUCUGUGCUCCGUUUCUCUACUGCACAGAGUGUGCUCGCAACACCGACCACUAUUGCCCCUCGUGCCAGACCUUCAUCGGCAGCUAUGAGCGCUGAUCGGAGCUGAAGUGCAAACAUCACAUUCUUGGGAAGCGUCACCCCAGAGGCUUAACACUACUGCACCUUACUGCCCACUCUUCUCUUUUGAUAUUCUCCAAAUACUAUAUAUACCUCACCACAACUUAUUAUAUGUAUGUUAUUCGUAUACAAUUACUUUAAUGUUGGUAAAGAAAUUAUAAUGCGAUUCCAUAAUAAAGUCUAAUCACACAAUCAAGUGCGACAUUUUGUU